AGGUUAAGACAAGGUACAAGCAGAGAUGGUUUGCAGACAGAGAGUAGUCACCCCUGAUGGAUGAGCUCAAGUCUGCACGCCUCAACAGUGCGCACGCCUGGAGCGGCGCCGGGUGACGUAACUGAGCGGGGCGGCGAUUGGAGCUGGGCGCCGCUCACGUGACGUGCGCGAUGACGUCAAUCGCCAGCGGAUUCUAAAUGGCCUCUAGGAAAUCAGGAUCAGAUUUUCAGAACUCUGGAGCAGGCUUUAGUUAUUUGGAUGAUGUCGCAUUUAAGAUUGGUGAUAAAUUCAAGAUUCCAACCAAAGUGGGAUUUCCUGUUGGACUUUGUGUAUCAGACUACUCUACACGACUUAGAGAGUUGCAUUACGAUUUCUCUUUAGAGAAGCGAACAAUAAAAUGGGCUGAAGAGAUAAAACAAAUUAAAGCUGCACAAAAAGCAGCAAGUUUAAGUAGGGAAGCUACUUCAAUGACUGCUGAAACUGAGGUAUUCAUGGGGAGAAAAAGUGGAAUCCAAUCCACUGAUGGACCACAUUCUUCAACAUUUCCACUGGAUUUUAAUCCCUUAUUUGCUGGUUUAAGGCACAGCAAGAUUCUAACUCCAUUGCCAGCUAACAGCAAUACAGUGAAGCAAAAAGAUCCCAGUCCCCCCUACACAACUAAAUUCAAUCUUGCAGACUUUGAAAGUGAAGAAGAUCCUUUUGAUAAACUGGAAUUGAAAACACUCAAUGAUAAAGAAGAACUCAAAAAUAUUCUUGCAGUUCAGGCAAGUUCACGACCGAUGAUCAUUCCACAAUUGAAUAAUGGCCUGAACGUGCAGAUUGUGAGAUCCACAGAUGCAUUACCAAGCCCAGAAGUGCAGGCCUCAACAGAGGAGGCUACCUCAGAUUUCAAAUCUCUUCAUAAGCCAAAUGGCCUCAUAAAUUUGCCACAGUUGGAGAGCUGUGAAAAAGUGCCCUUUUCUGCCAAAGUAUCUCUCCCACCUGCUUCAUCUGUCAGCAAUAUCAAAUCUCUGUCCUUUCCUAAACUGGAUUCUGAUGAGAGUGAGCAGAAGACUGCUAAGCUUGCUGGCACUUUCCACAGCACAAGUCUACCCAAUGGCACUUUGUUUAGUUCAGUAAAGAACUGUGAGCAGUACAAAGGUAGUGGUUUGAAUGGACAUAACCUCCCUGUUGUAUCCAUGCGUUCCUCAUCAAGUUUUGACCUCGGGAUCGAUAACAACAUAGCAGCGUCGUCUUCCAAGUGCGAGAUUCCGCCAGUUAUCUCAACAACUGGAACAGAGCAAUCCUCUCAAAAUGUAGCAAAAAUGGUUAAUUCUCAAAACCAUCCUGCUACAGAAUUUUUCACCACAAUUAUUGGAGAUGCAUCAAAGAGAUUGGAGUGUCUUGAUCCACUUCAAGCAUUAACUCCAAGUGAGAGGCAGUGUGCAGAAACUAUAGUUAGCAUGGGAUACUCCUGUGAGAAUGUAAUAAAAGCCAUGCAGAAAAGAGGAGAAAACCUAGAACAAGUGCUUGAUUACUUGUUCAUUCAUGGACGACUCUGUGAGCGAGGCUUUGAACCGACACUCGUAGAGGAAGGCCUAGAAAUCAAUCAGUGUUCAGAGCCAAAGACCCUGGAGUUUCUUCACCUCAUGUCUAAAUUCAGAGAAAUGGGCUUUGAGCAGGGCGUUAUUAAAGAAGUUCUUGUUGUUCACAAAAAUGACCAGGAGAAAGCUCUGGAAGACUUAAUGACCCGUGCAGGAGCCAGCUGAAAACAUCUCUUCUAUCUCAACUUGAUUGAGGGUGUAGAGAGGGAAGAAAUUCAUCCCGCAUAUGAUUCAUUUUCCAGCUCUGUUUAUACACAUGGCUGUGUAUUUCUUUAUUUUUAUUUGGAAGGGGUGGGUUGGGGAUGGGGAGUAAACUCUGCUUUAUAAGGAAGUCUAAGUUGAAGGCAUAAGUCCAUGAUGUCUGUGGUAGCACUCUUAAUAUUUUUACAGUUUACCCAGAUCAAAGGAACCUGAAAUAAUAUGGCUGAAGUAUUUUCACUCAUCUUUCUCAACAUAAGAGAUCAAUAUAUUCAAUGUUAAGUUUUUCUGAGCUCUCCACCCCAUCCCUGUUCCCCUUCCAACAACAAUACUAAAAAAAAAUGUGCAUCUGCCAUUCUUGCAGUGGACUUUGGUUUGGUUUGUGGAAAAGCUGGAUAAUAAUUUUCCAAGGUUAAAGCUGCUUUUUUUGUCCUCUAUCAAAGGAUACAUUUACUGGACUGUAGGCUAUUUUAAAGUUGUUUAUGAUUAAGUACCCUAUAGUGCAAUAGGAAUUAUUAGACUGGGACUAGUCUGUCAUCUGUCACUGGCUGGGUGUAAUGUUACCACCUAUGCAUUAUGUUUGAAAAACAAUAAAUGGGCAGAGAGAGCAAAACUCUAAUUCUCAACAGACAAACAAAAAGAAAUAAGCAAACCCAGCACUGAUUUGCGCUCCAUCCCUGUGUGGGUCGAUUUCAUAUAGAUUCCCUUAUAGGAAAUCUAUUCAUAGACUCUUAAAAGAAUUGCAGUGUGAGGUAAAAUUUACAUCUACUUAAGCACUUUCUUUAAAUUGUCUUGUUGCCGCUGCACUUGUUUCAUUUACACUGUUGUCAAAUGUUACAUUAUGUCUUCCUCACUGCUGUAGUUCUGGAGUGUUUCUUUACUAUUAAUCUUCAUUAUUAACAGCAACAGAUUAUUUUUCUUUUCAUAUUAGAACAGAAAUUGCAUUGUUCUGUAUUGUAACAUUUCACAAAACUUCAAACAUCGAAGCAUUUCUGAAUCUUAAAUGCUAAAAAGUUUGAUUCUGCAAAAACAGGUACUAAUAAAACUUCAAAAAUGUG